AUAGAUAAGACUGGUGAGCACUAGCUGACCACUGUUAUCGACUCGUUGGGUUUCUCCGGAGGAGUGACAAUUGGUAGGAGAGCGAGGGAGAGAGACUCGUCGUCAAGCUUCAGAACAGGUGAGUGCUUCUUAUCUCCUGAAAACACUUACCAUUCAGCGGAAACUUCAGUAGUCUCGUCCCCUCAAUUUUUGUUAAUAGAUUUAAUCCGUAUGCACGAUGGUAAACCAUCAAUUUGUUAAAACUUACUAUAAAAGAUUUUGGGAGGGUGCGCCACAUUAAGGUUGCUCCACUAUAACCUAGGUAUCAUAUAUUCGAGUUGUGGUAAUUCAGCGCACCGUUCUGCAGUUUUUCACAAUAGAUGCUUUGGAAGGUUUUCUUAUGAACCUUAUUAUUUACAGUAGGUUGACUAUACAGUUCCAAUAAACGCUCUAGAAAACUUUCCCAGCCAAAAAAUAAUUGCUACAAAGUGUUCCCAUUGCCAUCAAUGAGAGUUCAAAUAGCUUUACUUCAACCAUGACUUUUUCAGUAACCCAAGUGCAUAAUUUUUUAGGUAUUGAAUAGAAUACUAUUAUUAUCUCAAGUUUGAUGAUGAAUUUUUUUNCGAAGCUCUGGGGGUGCCUGACAAGCAACUUGGGAAAAUGCUACUACUAAAUCCAAGAAUCAUCAGCUACAACAUUGAAACAAAGCUUUCACAAAUCGUGGAUUUUCUCGCUAGUCUUGGUCUGACCAAAGAAGGGAUGAUUGGUAAAGUUUUGGUGAAAUACCCAUUCAUUAUGGGUUAUAGUGUUGAUAAAAGGUUACACCCAACUUCAGAGUUCCUGAAAUCAAUAGGUCUGACAGAAUUGGAUAUUCAAAGAGUGGCAAUUAACUUCCCUGAAAUUUUGUGUAGAGAUGUGAACAAGAUCCUGAGACCUAAUUCUACUUACCUGAAGACAUGUGGGUUUGAAUCUGGACAGAUAACAGCUCUGGUAACUGGUUAUCCACCAAUUCUGAUCAAAAGUAUCAAUCAUUCUUUAGAACCGAGGAUCAGGUUUUUGUUAGACGUGAUGGGGAGACAAAUUGAAGAAGUUGCUAGCUAUCCUGACUUCUUCCGGCAUGGUUUAAAGAAAAGACUGGAAUGGAGGCAAAAACGUUUGAAACAGAGGAAUAUACAUUGUAGCCUGAGUGAAAUGCUGGACUGUAAUCAAAGGAAAUUCUUAGAAAAGUUUGGUUUAGUUGAGAGAUUUGCCUAAAGUACUAUUGGCACAUUUUUGUUUAUUCCUGCAUUCAAUUUUUUAGAAUUUGCUCAAUUAGCUCUUGUGGUUUAAGUACGUAUCCUUUGUAUUCUACUUGUUUCAGUUUUGA